GAGGGCCCGGGGAGUGGACGUCGCCCUUGCCCGCCUCCCACCUCCCACCGCCCCCCGCCCGCAGGCUUUCGAGCCUCAGUCGGCGCUGAGCAUCCCGCUGCCCCGGACCCUCCCUCGGGCGCGCACCGGGCUUAACUCAGGCUCUGGACUGCAUGUGGGCAUCUCCACUGCCCAGGAAUCAUUGUGUGUGGACAGGACAGCCUCCUUGGAACGUCGGCCAUACCAGAGUUGUGCCUCGGCAUGGGCCUUGCCGUUGAGGCAGCUCUGCAAACUGCGCUGGCCUGAGGGUGCUGCCUGUCAUGGGGGCAGCCAUCUCCCAGGGGGCCCUCAUCGCCAUCGUCUGCAACGGCCUUGUAGGCUUCUUGCUGCUACUGCUUUGGGUCAUUCUCUGCUGGGCCUGCCACUCUCGUUCUACUGACGUCGAUUCUCUCUCAGAAUCCAGUCCCAACUCCAGCCCUGGCCCCUGUCCUGAGAAGGCACCACCCCCCCAGAAGCCUAGCCAUGAAGGCAGCUACCUGCUGCAGCCCUGAAGGCACCUGGCCUACCCUGGAGUCCUGGACCUGAGUGUACCAGAGUCAGAGUGUGGCGUCUGAUCCAGUUCAGCCAGUCUGGGAUCCAGAAUUUAGAGUCCAGUCUAUUUGAAGCUGGACCCAGCAGCCUAGACUGUAGCCAGCCUGACUCAGAAAGCCCUGAGUAGCCCUUCAGAGACAGACCUGGAGUGGGGGGUUAGGAGUUGGUGCUAGGGUCAGGGCCAUCUGGACUCUGCUCCAUCCCAAGGGCCAAGGGCUGUUUAGCUCCCUAAGCUCAGGGCCUCUGGGCUCUCUAGGCUGGGGAAGCAAACUGGAACCCAUGGCAAUAACGGGAGGGUGUCCGGGCUGGGCCCCUUCUCCGGUCCUCCCACUGAUUGUUGGAUAAUAAAUGGAACUAUGGCUUACUCUGA